AUGAAGGCUCUAGUAAAGCUUAAGAAUCUACUGCUGGAUCUUCUACUGAGUGUGAUGUUUGUGGUAAUGCUAGAGGACCCUAAAGACCUGUUGGUAAAGUUAAAGAACCUAAAACAGCUGGAUCUAAAGAACAAGCUCUUAGUUAUUCUGAGCAUAUCUCUACUAGUUCUGUUUAUAUUGGAGUUCAUACUAUUCUCUCUGGCUCUCUUCUCCUGGUUACCCUUUCCCUCCCUCUCCUCAUCUCUCCCCUACUGCUUCCCCUGCUUCUGCUGUCUGCUCAUGGUCUUUCUGCCCUUAUGGUUCCUCAAACUGCUAUUGGUUCUGCUGGUGAAACUAAAAGUGGUCAACUUCUAA